AAAGGACGAGGAGGAAGAAGAGGAGGAAGGGAAGGAGGAAGCGGAGCGGGGCCCGAUCCUGGCGCCGGUUUCCAGCCCCGUCCCCGCAGGGUCUCGCCCCGGCGCUGAUGCCUCUUCCCGGUGCCGCUUCCCGGUGCCAUUGUCCUUUCCCGGUGCCGCUUCCCGGUGCCACUGCCUUUUCCCGUGCCCAUUCCGGGUGCCCCUUCCUGGUCCCAGUGUCCCUUCCUAGUGCCCCUUCCCAGCCCUGUUGCCCCUUCCCAUUCCCCUUCCCACUGGCAUCCCCGCGGGGUGCAGCCGCACUGAGAAACGGAGUGACACACCCCCCCCCAAACUUCCCCGCUCCACCCUUUGGAGGGGGGCUGCGGGCUGGGGGUGCCCCCCAUUUCUCGACGGGAAGCGGGGGGACACCGCAGUGUGGAUCGCGGUUGGAUCCCGGUUGGAUCCUGAGCUCCCACAAGAAGCGCUGGGGCCAGGAUGGGGAGGGGGGGGUGUCCUUCCCCCUCUGACCAUCUGGAAUCGUUUCCCCCCUCCCCUGUUCCUUUUGGGAAGCCGGGAUCCGGCCCAGGCCUGGAGGCGGGAGGGGGCGGACAGCCAAGAGCCGUGCGCAGCGUCCCGGGGGGCCCUCUCUCUUCCCCCCUUCCCGCCCAUCCCCUUCCUCCAUCCCGAUGCCUGUUUCCAAUUAAAUCCCUUUCCCGGCCCCUUUCCCGGCCCCUUUCCCGGCCCUUCGCUGGGGAUGGGGCGGUGGGACCCCCCUUUUCCCCAAUGCUCCAUUUUGGGGGCGCUGUUGGGGGGUUUCUCCCUCCCCCCCCCCCCCUUCCCCACUGUCUACACCCCCUCACAUUCCUUGCUGGAAAAGCCAUGGAAAGUCCUGGAAGUGUUUCCAGGCGUGAAAACGGGUUGGCAUCGGGGGGGUGGACACACCACACAGGACAGCGUGUUUGGCCCCCCCAAAAUCCUUCCCACAAGUGGGGUGAAGGCUCCGGCUCCAUCCUUCCGUUGGGAUUUGGGGCCCAAUCCUGACCCCCAACACACAACCCCCUGGGGGGGUUUGAUCCGGAGGGGACCCCACUUUUGGGGGUGGGACAAGGAACAACACCCCCCCCCGACGUGUCCCCGAUGUCACUGAGCCACUUCCCUAUGGGGCAUCCCCUGCUUAUGGGGCGCGGGACACACACACACACACACACACGAUCCCCCCCUCCCGCCCCGGACCCUAUUUGGGACACGGGGAGUUCAAGGGGGGGGAACACGUUGUCCUGUGUACCCCCUCUCGAUGCCGACGCUCAAAGGGGGGGACACACGCGUAGCCUCGCCCCUCUAUGGGGCGGGGCAUGGGGCCGGGGCCGCUCCGCCCUCCCCCGGUCGUCCCCCCCCCCGCACAUAUUGCAACCGGUCGGCGGCAGAAGCGCUGCAGGGACCGGCACCGGCACCGGGGCCCAACCGGUCUCCAGCACGAUGUCCUGGCAGCGCUGAGGUUGGUGGGACAGGCGGCGAAGCGGAGCCGUGGCCGGUGAGGAAACCAUGGGGAGCAUCUACAAGGAGUAUUUCAACACGGAGAAGAUCCGGGAGCACUACAACUACACCAAAGGGGGGUCGGAAAGCUCAGGCAGCACCUCGCGGUGGGUGAUGUCCAUCCUCAUCGUUGUCUUGUGCUGCUUCAUCGUGCUGCAGAACCUGCUGGUCCUCGUCUCCGUUUGCCGCAACAAGAAGUUUCACUCGGCCAUGUACAUCUUCAUCGGGAACUUGGCGUUCUCGGACCUCCUGGCCGGGUUGGCUUUCAUGGCCAACAUCCUGCUCUCGGGAUCCACCACCUUCAACCUGACGCCGGUGCAGUGGUUCGUGCGGGAGGGCACGGCCUUUGCCACCUUGGCCGCCUCCGUCUUCAGCUUGUUGGCCAUCGCCAUCGAGCGCCACGUGGCCAUCACCAAGGUGAAGGUCUACAGCAGCGACAAGAACUGCCGCAUGGUGCUGCUCAUCGGCGCCUGUUGGGUCAUCGCCGCUGCCAUCGGCAGCCUCCCCAUCAUGGGCUGGAACUGCAUGAGUGACCUGCGGGACUGCUCCACCGUCCUGCCCCUCUAUUCCAAGCGCUACAUCCUCUUCGUCAUCACUAUCUUCACCCUCAUCCUCUUGGCCAUCGUGGGGCUCUACAGCCGCAUCUACUGCAUCGUGCGCUCCAGCCACGCCGAGAUCGCCACGGCCCACACCUUGGCACUGCUCAAGACCGUCACCAUCGUCCUGGGAGCUUUCAUCAUCUGCUGGUUGCCGGCCUUCAUCAUCCUCCUCAUGGACGCAUCCUGCGCGGUCCAGAAGUGCUGGAUCCUUUAUAAAGCCAACUACUUCUUCGCCUUCGCCACGCUCAACUCCGCGGCCAACCCCAUCAUCUACACGCUGCGGAGCAAGGACAUGCGCCGGGAGUUCCUGCGGGUGCUGUGCUGCGGCGUCGGGCGCCGGGGCCAGCCCCGCGGGCGCUGCGGGGUCCCGCUCCGCUCUUCCAGCUCUCUGGAACGCUGCACCCCGAAACACGACUUCCCCACCUCCCCCAUCACCCGCGACUGCACCACCUCUGUCUAAAGCAGGGUGCCCCAUGGCUGUGCCCUAUGGCCAGUGGUACGACGGGAGCGGGGAGGGAAUGGGGGGGGGGGGGUAUUAUCCUUAGGUACGGAUGGACCAUUGCACCUUUAUCCCCGCCGGCGACGCUCCGGUUGGGAAUGCCGCGGCGGCCCGCGCGCGCGCACGGACACGCGUGUGGCUCUUCCCAUGCCCUGCCCCGGCCCCGGGGCUCCCGCCGGGACCUGUCGGACGGGUCCCGGGGCCGCUCCCACGGCGCCAAUGGGCAAAUCCUCUGCCCCCGGCUGCUCCCGGCGCCGUGGGUGGCUCCGGCCGCGGCUCCAGCCCGGAGCGGGGGCUCCGCUGGGAAAACCGGGCCUUGGGGGGGGGGGGGGGGGGCAACACAAUUGGGGUGUCCCUGUGUCCCCCCCCUCCCCUCCCAUGGACCCUGCUCCAUGCUCUUACCGUGUGCUGGCACACGGAGCGGGGGGGCCGCAUCUGGGCCGGUCCGCCGGGAUCACCCCAUAUCCCACCCCCGAACCCCCUUUUAUCCCCUGUGACCCCCCCCCCCAAAGGGCAACGGUUGUAUUAAAGCGGCGCUUUUC